UAGUAGUGAACCCUAAUAAAAAAACAAAAAAAAUGAAUCCAAAUUUCCUCACAAUUUGGUUUCUAAUUUGUCUCUCCCUCCAAUGUGUCACAACAUUGGCCUCAGACCCUGACCCUGUUCAAGACUAUUGCAUACCAAACCCAAAAUUUGGUUCCAUAAAAACAAUAUCUCACCUCCUCACCCUCCCAUGCAAAAAUUCAUCCGAGGCCACCACCGACGACUUCAUCUUCUCCGGCAUGAAGCUGAUCGGGAACUUCUCCGACACGGGCCUUGCAUUGAUCCCCGUGAACCCGACAGUCUUCCCGGGCCUUAACACGCUAGGCAUGUCGUUUGUGAGAGCGGACUUGAAAGUUGGUGGGAUAAAUCCACCACAUUUUCACCCUAGAGCCACGGAAAUCGCCUACGUGGUUCAAGGGAGUGUUUAUUCGGGUUUCGUCGAUUCGACCAAUAGGGUUUUCGCUAGGAUCAUAGAGCAAGGAGAGGCCAUGGUGUACCCCAGAGGUCUAGUUCACUUCCAAAUGAACGUUGGAAAAAAACCUGCCACAAUUUUUGGUAGUUUCAACAGCCAGAGUCCCGGUUUGCAGAAAAUCCCAUCCGCAGUUUUCGGUUCCGGAAUCAAGGAGGAGCUUUUGGAGAAGGCUUUUGGAUUGAGUCCUAAGCAGAUUGGGAAGAUGAGAAGAAGGUUUGAUCCUGAAAGGUCCAACUAGAUCAAUGUUACAUUUUGUUGGGUUUAUUAGUUAAUCCCUACACAUCUUGGGGCAUUUUAGUUUUUUUCCUUGCGAAGAAAUAAAUAUCAGUAUUGAGCAAUGGUGUGUACCGUCAAGUACCACUUGAUGUUUUUCUUUUUCUUUU